ACUCUCUCGCGGUGCCGAGCCGACCAACAAUUUCACGAUGGCAGCCCGUCACGUCUACAGUAGAACACAACUGGACGAACUUAAACAGAAUUCUCAUGCCCAUAGCUGUUGGAACACUUCGCACUGCAUUUCUGAACGCACUGCGCGUUGCAACUUAAAGAGUUAGAGAGCCAAGCGCGAGGUAGAGACCAAACCACACUGCACAUACGAAUUCAACCCUUGACCAAAUUGCCCUCAGACGCAGUCCUUUGUAAAGCGUAACUCUCUGCGAACAAGUCUGCGAACAACUGUUGCAUCGCAGCAGGCGCUGCUCGGGCUAUAUGUUGCUAUGCAAUUUGGCCGCAAAGCAUAGCUGUAUGAGAGCCUGGGCACGCUAAACUAUGUGCGCUACGUUCAAUGCAAACUCAAUUGCGCCUGCUCGCUCAAUGGCGCCUGCACGCUCAAUGGCGCCUGCUCGCUCUGGCAACCUUGAUAUUCGUCGCACUUACAACAGCCCAGGGCUUUGUAGCGGGCAGCCCGGUAAACGCGGUGCCUGCCCUUCGGGGCCGUCUACUGCUGGGCAGUGGUGCUACUCCGCCGCCCACGUACGGCGGCAGCGGUGACGGAGGCCAGUCCCCAGGCACAUAUGGGGGUUCGGGGCCCGGUCCUGGUUACGGCGGCGGUGAUGCGAGCGGCAGCAGCAGCAGCCCAGCGCCAGCUCCUAACGAGCCCGUCUGCCCCUCGGGCCCCCCAUCACCACCACCAGUAACCCACACCUGUACAUUGCGGCUGGUAGGCGACGUCGUUAGGGGCCCAUCGCCACCAGGGUACGGCGGCGGGGCAGCCGCGUCGCCUCCCGUGUAUGGAGGCACUGGUGGGAGUGCCGCCGCAGGGUUCGGCGGGAGCUACGGCGGCAGUGACGGGGCGCCAACGAUCACGGUAUCUGGCAGCCUCCAAUGCGCGACUGGGAGCAGCGCGGCGGCGGGCGGCAGUGCCGGUGGGAAUGUGAUGGUGGAGCUCGGCCCAUUGCUCUUCUCGAUGUGGGAAAGCGGGAGCUUCACGGUGUCUGGAGUUGAGGUAGAGCCGAGGGCGCGGAGGCCGCUGAUCGGUGGGAGCGCGUCGCCGCCUCCCGGCGUGCCAGAAGCAGACAGCGGAGCUGGGGACACUCCGCCGCCGCCGGCGGCCCCUGCCGGCGAGGCCCCUGCAGCGCCGCCCGGCGGCGAGUUUCCCACAGGCACAGCCGGGGACGGCAGCAGCGGUGGCGCCACGGCCGCGCCUACGUUGACUGCGGGGCUGGACAGCAGUAGCAGUGGCAGUAGUGAUGAUUGGGGCCUCACAUUUCUUGGCGAGCUACAUCUGCAGCUGGUGGACUCCGAGGUGCGGGGCGUGCCGCUCAGCUCUGCCAACCCGCUGCUGCUCUGCCCGUCCUGCGGGUUUCUUUCCCUCACCAACGUGACCUUGACACAGCUGGCAAGCCAGGCGUCGCUGCUGCAAGCAGCGGCAGCGGGGGCUGGCAGCAGCAGCAGCAGCAGCAGCAGCAGCAGCAGCAGCAGCAGCAGCAGCAGCAGCAGAAGCGGCAGUAGCAGUGGCAGGGCGGCCGAGGCAGACGCGGCAGCACCGGCCCUGAUUUUCGGGGCCCUCGCGGCGCCGGGGGUGCGCGGCGCCUCCCUCAGCAACGUCACGUGCUCGGACGUGCAGGCCCACAUAUGGGCCUGCGCGCUGUUGUACGCGCAGCCCGCCUUCGGUGACGCGGGCGUGCAGGUGCGCGACAGCGUCUUCGAACGCAACGUCGUGCUGGCGACGCCGGGGGACGCUGUGUUUGGGCCCACGGGCGAAGACCUGUGGGGGGCCAUGGCCAGCAUUGCGGCGGCGCUGGGGAUCGGCAACUUUGGGUGCGCGGGCUCGCUGGUCUCGACCCAGAUGCAGUUUGGGGCGGUGCUGGUGCUCACGCCGUACGCGGUGGACGACGCAAAUGGCGCGGGGGGCGCAACCACGGCGAUCGGGGACUGCGUGCCUGUGGAGGUGGUGCGGAGCCGCUUCACGGACAACAGGGGUGGAGCCGGCGGCGGCAUGGCUCUGGCAUUCGGAACGGGCCACGCCACGCUAUGCAUCGAGGGCUGCACUGUGAGCCGCAACCAGGCCACGCUUGCGGGCUCCGGCACCGGCGGCGGGAUGUCGGUGUGCCUGAGCUACGAGGGCUCUGGCGCAGUCCGCAGUAUGGCCGUAUUCAACAGCACGUUCAUCAGCAACCGGGCGGCGGCGGUGGGCGGCGGCGCGCUCUACGUGCGCGUGGAAGACGGCGGCGGCAUGCCGAUGGCGGCGGAGGUCCGGGGCUGCACCUUCCGCGGUAACUGGGCCGCGGCGACUGUGGCGGGUGAGGCUGGUGAAGCGGACGGCGGAGCGGUUCUGCUGUUCCCUACCCCCGGCUUCACCGCAACGACGCUCGCGGACAGCGUGUUCGAGGGGAACAGCGCUGCGGACACGGGUGGCGCAGUGGCACUGCGAGUGGAGGGCACGAGCUCCUACGGCGCCUUGCACGUGACCAACUGCAGCUUCCGGGGCAACGUCGCGCACGGCUCCGGCGGCGGCGCGCUGAGCGUCGUGAAACCCACGAACAACGACGUGCCCUUGACGCUACUGCGCAUUGCCGGCGGCAGCCGCUUCCUCAACAACAGCUGUGGUGGCAUCGACAGCGCGGGUGGCGGCGCGGUUUACACGCCGGGAGUUGAGCGCGUGGACAUCGCGGGCGGGAUCGAGUUCUCUUCCAAUGCCGCCGCCUUUGGCAGCGGCGGCGCGCUCUUUCUCGGCAGCCCUACCUCCGUCAGUGUCUCGGACGCAGUCUUUUCCUCCAACCGUGCGCCCACCGGAGAUGGCGGCGUCAUCUGCGUGCGUUCGGAAUUGCUGGCGGUCGACAGCGUGGUGCUGGGGCCUAACGUGACCGCGCGAAGCAACAGUGCCAACAACGGCGGGGUGCUGUUCGUGCAGUUUGUGGGGAACAGGGACCCGAACGAGAAAUAUCCCAACGACCCAAACACCACGUGCGCCCUCUUGGCGCUGCGCGGCGUCCAGCUGGUGGGCAACAGCGCCCGCCAGGUGUCGGACACCAGCAGUGUGGGCGUCGGCAGCGGGGGCGCCGUGUUUGCGGCUGUCUCAGAGCUGGGGACGCUGGAGCUGUCGGGCUGCUACAUGGAGGGCAACGAGGCCGACAACCGCGGCGGCGCGGUGGACCUGGAACUCACUGGCUCGGUGGCGAAUGUGACGGUGGCGGGCACCGUCAUCCGCGGCAGCUGGGCGGGGCAGGAGGGCGCCGGCCUGGCCCUGAAGGCGCGGAACGGCGUGGGAAUGGUGCAGAUCACGAACCUGACAGUGGGUCCCGGCGUCGCGGUUGCGCCGGCCCUGUCCGCUCCGACGGGCAGUGUGCGCACCAUAAUUGCCGACAAUGCCGCGGGUGCAUAUGGCGGCGCCGGCGGAGGCGGAAUCUACAUGGAGCUCGGCACCGGCAGCGUCGGCCUGCUCAACAUUUCGGCGGCGGCGUUUGUGAACAACAGCGCGCCAUGCCUGGCGUGCAGCGGCGGCGCGUUGCACGUGGAUGCGAGUGGCGGAGGCGCCGUAUGGGCCGCACAUGUGACGGAUGGGGCGCGCCUGGUGAACAACAGCGCCGGCGUUGACGGCGGGGCGCUGUACCUCAUCGCAAACCAGGACCCUGAAGGCGUUUCCAUCGGGUUUAUAGCUCUGAGCGCCAGCGGCAGCAGUGUGAUCUCCGGCAACAGCGCAGGCCUGGGCCGAGGAGGCGGCGUCUACGUGCGCUCCGGCAACCGCGAUGCUGGCCGCAUAGCGGAGUACGCCACCAAGCCUUCCCUGCAGCAAUCCGGCGGGGGCGCCGGCAGCAGCAACAGCAACAGCAGCACCACAAGCAGCAGUAACAGCACUGGCAACAGCACCGGCUCUGGUGACGUGGAAUUGGUGGUAGCGGGCGUGCUGCGAGUGACUGGCGGCAGCGCCUGGAGUGGAAACACGGCGCCGGGCGGUGGCGGGGCGGUAUUUGCAGAUGGGUUCUUUGAGGUGGAGUUGACGGCGGGAGCGACGUUCAGCGGCAACCGGGUCACGGGGAGUGGCGGCGGCGGCGGCGCGAUUGCACUCAACCGCUUUCCGCCGCGUUUGGUGAUGGCAGCCGCGACCUUUGACAGCAACAGCGUCAGCGAUGGGAGCGGCGGCGCUGUCUCGAUCGAAGUGAGCCCGGAGCAGUUCAUCGACGGCACUGUGCGCGACGUGUGCUUGCGCGCCAUUAUGGCACCCCGCGAGGCCUUCGCCGCCAACGGCACCGCCCUUCGCUCCAACGUCUGGCGCAGCCUCAUCGCCAUCUCCAACACCUCGCUCCUGGACAACUACGCAUCUGAGGACGGUGGCGCGCUGUACCUCAAGCUGCACGCGCGCAGCUGCGCGGGCGACGUGGGGCUGAGCAUCGGCAACGGCACACGGUUCGUGGGCAAUCGGGCCGCCGGGAAUGGCGGCGCGCUCACCUUCCACAACCCGCGCAAUCCCGAUCGGGCCACCACGCUGUCGGCGAGCAUCGCCGACAGCGCGUUCGAGCUGAACGCCGCGGGGCAGUCGCCGAGCUGGCGCGGGUUCAGCAACACCGCAAGCCAGGGCGGCGCAAUCUUCAUCUGGAACGCCCGCGACUUUAACAGCGCCCCCGCCGGGGCAUCAGUGGCAGCAGACCUGACACAGGAUUGCAACGUGACCGUCACGACCAGCGCCUUCACAAGCAACGUCUGCCAGGGCGGCUACGGCGGCGCAGUCAUGAUGGCGGGUUGCGCCUCGCAGCUGCUCGGCUGUAGCUUCGCCGGGAAUCGAGCCCGGCUGGGCGGCGGCGCGGUGGCGUCCGUUCAGUACGGAUUCCGAGAAGAGGCGGAACUGCCCGACCCGCGCAUCUUCAGCGUCCUCGCCAGCGCCGCGGGCUUUGGCAGCAGCAGCAGCAGUGGCGCGGGCGGCAGUAGCACUAGCACAGGCGCUAGCGAGCGGCGGCGCCAGGCGAUGGAUGCUACAGCCGGCGGCGGCUUUAACACGGAUGCGCGCCACAUCGUGCUGCCGUACGAUGACGGUGUUGGCAAUGACAUUGGUAUGGGUAGCCAAAUGUUCGUUGCGGAUGCCGGCGCAUUCUCAACAGCCAUCCAGCAGGCCUCAAUGGCUGCGGCGAAACAAGCCGCCGCACUUCGCUUCACCCGGCGCCGGCAGCAGCAACAACAAUCGCAGCAGCAGCCUACAGCCAAUGGCACCGCGGCAGCAGCAGCAGGCGGAGAUGCAGCAGCACCCGCAGCAGCAGCGGGCUCGGCUGCGGCGGCGGUGGCGGCGGCCCUGGCGCCCUACGGUGUGCCGCGCUGCCAGCCUCGCCUGUGGUUCACGUGGGUAGCCGGGUGCAACUUCACCGAGAACGCGGCUGACCUGGAGUAUGGGGGCGGGCUGUACGCAGACGCGGGCGGCAGCGGCCUGAUUGUCGUCAACGCCUCGCGCUUUGAGACCAACGUCGCCGCCAGCCAGCACGGCGGCGGCGCCUUUCUUGUUGCCAGCGAGGGCUGCAGCGCGGUCAACGUCACGGGCAGCAUCUUUGAGCGCAACAAGGCCAGUGAUGCCGCUGGCGGAGGCGGCGCGGCAUACCUGCUGCUGGGGCCCGAAGACGGAUGCACCGCCAAUGUCAGCGGUAGCACCUUUGUGGGCAACAGCGCUGCGUACGGCGGCGGCAUGGUCUGGUACGCGCCGAUCGCGUCGUCGGUGGGCCUGCAGCGAAACACCUUCGCCGCCAACGGCGCGACCACGUUUGGCGGCGGUUUGGCCAGCGUCUCCGACUGCGGCGCCAGCGUUGUCGCGGCCGGCGACACGCACGUCGCCAACUAUGCCGGGUGGGCGGGCGGCGCGAUGGCGGUGGUGCAGCUGGCGAGCAGCAGCAGCGGCCUAGGAUUCUGUCGCAACGGCUCGGCGCCUGUGUGGGAGGGUGCCACAGCGACGAACAACACAGCGGGCUACUUCGGAGGGUCGCUGUUCGUGGCGCCGGGCGCGGCUGCCAACGUGCGAGGCCUGGUCGCUAGUGGCGAGAUGGCCGGGAGCAGCGGCAGCGGCAGCGCGGGCAGCGGCGGCUCCAUCGCAGCACUCAACUGCACCUUCCUGACGGUCACGGACAGCAGCAUUCGCGGCAGCACAGCGGUGCGCAGCGGCGGCGGCGUGCUGGCGUCGGGGUGCGGCUGGGUGGUGCUGGAGCGGACCGAGGUGGUCAAGUGCGCCGCGGGGGCCGCAGGCGGCGGCGUUCACCUGGCCGCGCCGGGGCUGGUCGCGGCCGCGACGAUGCCAGUCGCCGUGAGUGUGAGCGCCAGCAGUGGCAGUAGCAGCAGUAGCAGCAACGCGUCUGAGGCCGGUGACACGUCUGCAUACGGCAGGGUGGUCCUGUCGGGAGUGACGCUGGCCGGGAACCGCGCGGGCGGCAGUAGCAGUGGCACCGGCACCGGAAACGGCAGCGGCAGCGGCAGUAGCAGCAGCAGCGGUGGCUACAUCCCCCGCGGGGGUGGGCUGUUUGUGGAGGGGCAGUUGCUGGCGGUUGCAGUCAGUGCGAGCGACUUAUCCAGCCUGAGCAACUCGGCCGCGCUGGGCUCGGCGCUGGCAUCGACGCAGCGUUGCAACGUCAGUGUCGCCGCGGCAGCGCUGGCUGCAUCGUUCCUGGCGGGCGCGAUCAACACUUCGAACGCGCCGGUUCCGCUGCUGAUGGCGGUGCUGUAUCCGCCAAACGCCGACUUGCAGCGCUGGGCCCCAGCAUGGCGCACCCUGGGCGUCGCCUCCGCGAGCGGCUGCGGCGCGCUGGUGCUGAGCAACUCGCUACUGCCGAUGGUGACUGCAGCUGGCAACAGCAGUAGCAGCAGCAACGGCAGUAGCAGCAACGGCAGUAGCAGCAGCAGCAGCAGCGGAGGCAGCAGCAGCGGAGGCAGUAGCAGCAGCAGUCCUGCAGUGCCGCUGUGGAUGCAGGAUACGUCUGUGUCGGCGCUGGCGGCCGAGUGCUCAGACGACACAGACGCACUCGUGCGGGCCCUGCAGCUGUCGCUCGCGUCCGGGCUGCAGCUCCGGGCCGCGGUGCAGGCUGCGCCGGGCACUGCCAGCCUCGGCACGUUCGGCGCCGCCGCCGCGGCCCCAGACCCGGCUUCGGCUUCUGCUGCUCCUCAAUCACCGCAGCAGUCGUCGCCGCCUGCGGCAGGCGAGGACGCCGAGACAGCCGCGAUCCGCGUGCUUGACUCUCUCAGCUACCUCCUCAGCUCCCCCUCCAGCACCAACACCACUAAUGCUAAUGGCACCACCAACGGCACCGCCAGCGCCUCCGUAGCCGCGCUGCUGGCGGCACGCUACCGCGGCCUCACGUCCGCGCUGGCGCGGUGUGUGCCGCGUCAGCCCUCGGCGGACGGCUCCGCCGCCGGCGGCCUCAGCCGCUACGCGGUGUCGCUGCCGCCCACACAGAUGACGCUGACGGUGGAGGAGGGCGGCGUGCAGGCCGGCGACGGCACGUGGCUGCUGCAGGCGGGCGGCUCGCUGAUGGCCUCGGUGGCGCUGCGGGACCGCUUCAACCAGCCGGUCACGUCGGACAUGGCAUCCAUACGCAUCACGCUCCAGAUGCUGCCACGUGACCCCUCCGGCGCGCCCUUCAACGCCACCGCUGCCGCGCUCUCCACCUCCACCUCCGCUUCCUCCACCUCCGCAUCCGACGCCCUCGCGCGGCCCUGGCUCAAUGCCACCGUCGCCAACCUGGACCCGGGCCCGCUCGCCAACAGCAGCCUGGCCCAGCCCGUGGCCGCCGGCUCCGCCACGUGGCGCGGCGUGGUGCCGCGCGGCUGGCCAGGCGACUACCACCUGCUGUUUACGGCGGAGGUGCUGAGCGAGGACACGGGCGUGCCGCCGGUGGCGCCGCUGCGUGUGCGCGCGCGGCUGCUGCGCUGCCUGGUGGGCGACACGCUGGAGCUGGACACGGCGCAGCAGCUGGACGCGCCGUCCUGGACCGCCUGUGCCAGCUGCAGGCUGGGGCAGUACGGGCUGUGGCAGGACGACCGGCCCAGCCUCACCGACAUCCAGACCGCCAACUACCUGAAGCUCAUGAACGCAACCGCCAACGACGACUACAACGGCCCGGCCGCCUGCACCUCCUGCCCCGACAACGCCGCCUGCCCCGGCGGCGCACUGCUGGUCCCCGCCCUGGGCUACUGGCACUCCGCGCCGAACUCCACAGCUGUACACGCCUGCCCCAAUCCCGCCGCCUGUGGCAACAGCGCUGACGCGGACUGGGCCGCGCCCAACGCCGUGGUGGGGCCGGACGGGUUCGUGGUGGUGCCGUACGAUGCCGUACUGCAGGACGCGCGCUCGCAGCUGCUGGGAAGGUGCCAGCGCGAGUGGUACGGCAGCAUCCCGCAGGGCGCAGACGCCACGGCGACGUACUUGGCGCGGUACAACGUGAGCUCGUUGGCGGAGGCGGAGCGGCUGUUGGGCACCGCGGCCGGCGUGGACGCGUUCGAGGGCGGCGGCGACUUUGAUCAAUUGCCGUGCCUGCUGUGGGGCUUGAGCGCCAGCACGCCCGACAGCUACAUGCAGCGUCAGUGCGCCAGCGGCUACACCGGUAACCUGUGCGCCGCCUGCCUGCCCGGCUACUACGUCAACUCGGACUUUGAGUGCCAGGGCUGUCCGAGCAUGGGUCGCACGGUGUUCCUGGGCCUGUUGGCGUUCCUUGGCAACGUUAUCUUGAUCCUGUUCACCACCUACGGCAACUUCAGGGACGCAGCUGACGAGGACGAGGGGCGCCAGGGAAUUGAGCCGGGGGAGGUGCUCAAGGCCAUGGUGACGCACGUCCAGUACUUCAUCAUCAUCACCCGCCUCAACAUCAACUACCCGCCGUCCAUCACCAAGUGCCAGGCUGUGCUUAACUCCGUCACGGGCGCCGAGAACUACGUCGCCUACAGCCCCUCCUGCCUGCUGCCGCGCGAGGACAGCGCCGGCCAGGCCCGCAUCCAGCUGCUGGCGGGGCUGCUCACGCCCGUGGCCGUGGCGCUGCUGUGCCUGGCCGUGUGGGCGCUGAGGUAUCGCUUCGGCUCUACCGCUAUGGUGGUGCGCACGCGCGGCGGCCGCCUGCGCUACGCGCCCGACCCCGGCGCCCCCAACUCGGUGCAGCGGGCCACCUGGUUCAACCGCAUCUUCGGCAGCUCGCUGCGCCGCCACGAUCACCACGACCAGCAGCUAGACGACUGGCACAGUGUGCAGUGCACGGCUGCCUCGGGCGGCGGCGGCGGCGGCGGCGCUGACGCGCCGCUGGUUGCCUCAGACGCGCUGGGAGCUGGCAGCCCGUAUGCCUCCGGCAGUGUACCUGGCGCGUGGCCGGCAGCAGCAGCGGCGGCGGUAGCAGGCGCAGGCGUGUCGGGUUACUCGACGUGGGUGCUGUCGAGCAAUGGGGUGACGCCCAGUCACAGUGGGUAUCCGGCGGCGGUGGCAGGGGGAGGGGGAGGCGGAGGGGCCGGUGGCGGCGUGCCGGCUGUAGCAGGGAUGGGGUCCCGGCCCGUGUCGGCACGCUACCCGACCAUCACGCCUUCGAGCAGCGGCCGCCUGGAGCCGGUACUUGCAAUGCCGCCCGUGGCAGUAGCAGCGCUGCCGGCUGUAGCAGUCAACGCCGCAGCCGCAGCGGCAGCAGCAGCACCGGACCGGCCCCCGGCGGUCCCCAACUCCAUUGCUGCGCCGGCUCCGCUGUCGCGGCUUGGCCCGCGUGGGGUGAACUCCAAUGGAGGUGCGGCGGCUCGCAAUGCUGGCGGCGCCGCGGUGGUUGGGAUCCUUGUGGAUCGGCCGGACGGUCGGGCGGCGGCCUCAGGCGGCGUCGGGCCGCGGCCUGUGGCGGAGGGCGCGGAGGCGCCUGCGGGCACGUCCCCACGCCGCCGUGCUGCGCCGGACGUUGCGGGCGCUGUUGAGCCGCAAGCGCAAGCGCCCCAGCCGCCGCCUCUAAUGCAGCAGCCCGCGGCGCUGGUGGGCCCCACAGCGGCCAGUGGCGAGCAGCGCUCCCUCGGGAGCGCUGCCAGUGCCCGCAGCGCGCACCCGCAUCCCGCCGGUGCGGUGACGGCUGCGGCUGUGGCCGCGGCGGCUGUAGCAGACCCCGCUGCAGUGGCGGUGGCAGUAGCAGGAUCGGUGGAUGAGGCUCGCUCGUUGGAGGCGGCGGCGGGCAUGUACUCGGGCUAUCCUGCCUCUUACCCCGGCAUUGCUGGUGGCUUGUCGCCGUCAGGCCGGGUGUAUAAUGGCCAGGACUCCGGGUAUCCUGGAUCCUACGCGCCUGAUGGGGCGUUUCCUGAGGCACGGAAUGGCGGCGGGGCGGCGGGCUCGGCUGCUGACACCUGGGCGGACGAGGGAGAGGAGGGAGGGGAGCAGGGCGAUGCCAGCGCGGCAGGCGGCGGCCGGCCCGGCGGCGGGCGCUCCAGUGUUUUGCGGCAGGUCCGCGCUCGCGCCCGCUCCCUGCUGGAGCCGCACAUCAAGCGGCGCUCGGCGCUGGUGCACGUGGACCAGACGCUGACGCUGUGGGAGCAGCUGGCCAUCGUGCUCAUGGUGGCUGUGUUCGUGCUGUACCCGGGGCUGGCGCAGGCGGCGCUCUCAGUGUUUGCGUGCUACCGCAUCGACACCGGUGACGGCAACUUCCCCGACGCUCAGUUGGCCACCUGGAGCCGUGGCUACUGGGUGCGCAACAUGCAGCAAGAGUGCUACAGCGGCACGCACCUGGCGCUGUACGUGCCCAUCGGCGUCGUGGCGGUGCUGGCGUACUGCCUGGCGCCGCCGCUGGUGUCGUUCCUGCUCAUGGCCCGCCACCGCCACAAGCUGGAUGACCACCACGUGGGCCAGGUGUACGGCUUCCUGUACAAGCGGUACAGGCCGGAGUGGUGGUAUUGGGAGAGCAUCCUUCAGCUGGAGACCCUGGCCCUGGUGGCGGUGGAGGUGUUUGGCCGCGCGUUGGUCACGGCGCACCAGGCGCUGCUGCUGCUGGCGGUGUUCCUGGUCAUUGGCGCCGUGAACAUGACCUGCUCGGCCAUGCGCUCCCACUUCCUCGUGGUGUUGGAGUUCCUCAGCCUGUCCGUGCUCAGCCUCACCGUCACGCUGGGGCUCUACUUCGCAGUGGACAACAACACAGUCACCGGCGGCGCAGGGGCGGCUGUGGGUGUGAUCAUCCUGGUCGUAAACGCCGCGUUGCUGCUGGGUUUCCUGGCCCUGGCGGCUGUGGCCGUGUGGCCCUCACUAGUGGAGAGCACCAGCCCCCGGCUCAAGCAGCUGGGCGGCACGCUCGCCAGGAAGCUGCGCCUGAAGCAGCAGGACGCAGCCGCAGGCGGCGGCGGCGCAGCAGGCGGCGGCGCAGCAGGCGGCGGCAAGGGCGGCGAUGACGGCGGAGCAGCGGGUGACAGUGGUGAUGUAGGAGAGGGCGUUAGCGGCCAAGAAGAGAAGGGGAAGGGGCCGAGUGAGGGAGGCGGGUGUGGGUGCGGGGCCGCGCGCUGUCGCGUCGCCGCGUGCGACUGGUGCGGAUUGCGGAGGUGACAAUGGUGAUAGGGUCGGCUCGACAGCACAGGUCGGCGUCGCUGGCAUCGAAUGAGGCGUCUGCUCAGACAGCUGAGUAAGUAUGUUGAUUGCCGCAACGGAGCGCUGAGCGUGGGCAAAGACGGCAGUGGGCGCAUACAGUGCUACUACGCGCGGCGGUUGUACUUGGUUAUGGUUAUGGAAAUCGGCAAGACUUCAGAACUGGAGCACACGCCCGCACAUUAGACUCUAGCGUGACUGCCGUAAGCCGACCAUGCGCUGGCAUGCUGGACUUGCAAGGCGGCUGGUUGCAAGUACCGUAUGCGUCUAAUGCGUGCUGUCAGAUUGAUGCAGAUGCGUUGGGUAGUCGCGGGCACCUUUACUAGGCACCGUGCCUGGGCCCGACAACUCGGGAAUUCUGGGUCCAUGGUGAUGCCCGGAUUCGUGUGAUCCACGGUAUGGCGCCCCGACCACGGCCUUUCUUCUCCAUGAUGAAACAUUGGCGUGCUUAUUGUGUGGUGUACGGUACGAGUGUUUGUGGCAUAGCGCCGCGUAGGCCCAAGCGUAGGCCAUCUUUUGGUGACUGGCUGACUGCGUGUGGCCACGGUGAGCCAGCUACACUGCGCCCAUCAUACGGUAUAUAUGCUGAGUGGUGUGAGUUGCAGCCAGCAGGCGGCACACCGCAGACGGCACAUCUGUGGGGCGCAACCGAUACCGCACGUGUCAAGGACAGGCUUGACAAAAUUUGGGUCUUAGCGCCGCCAAUCCGCUGGCACUUGCACACGUGUGACAAGGCACACAGGAGACUCAUCCUGAGCAG